AUGACCAGUGAGGAUGAUGCGCGGGCGGAGGCAGAGCGUAUUCAGGCUGAGCGACGUGAAUAUGUGAAGAAUAUCGGGAUUGAGUAUCGUUUCGGGUGUUAUGAGGAAAAACGACCAGAAUCGUGUCAGCUGCUAGCCGAAUAUAUGGAAGCGAUCGAGAAGAACACCAAAGCAGCCUUUCAGCUGUUCAAAAGCAAUUGCGACCAAUACGACUACCCGAAAAGUUGCUACAAGUAUGCGAUGUACCUGCUGGCCGGGAAAGAGUGUGAGCCAAGUCUGAAGAAAAUGAUCGAGCCGUUGGAAAAAGCGUGCGAGGCGAAUAUUCCGGGUGCGUGUCGAUAUUUGUCGUUGGUCUAUUGGAACGGUGAGCCGGAUCGUGUGGCCGACUCGGAAAAGGCGGAAAAAUUUAUGAAAAAAGCGUGUGAGCUGGAAGACUCGCAGGCAUGCUGGCUGCUGAGUACAUGGUUCAUGGGUCCUACACAGAAAUUUGUGCAUGCCUCCCCUGUGAAGAAUGAGGAUAAAAGUAGAAUUGGCCAAUUGCCAAGGCGUAUGGAUCUCGCCUUAGAGUACGGUAUAAGGGCAUGCGAUCUUCAGGUGCCCCAGUCGUGUGCGAACGUAGGAAGGAUGUAUAAACUAGGUGAUGGUAUCGAUAAAGAUCCGGACAAGGCGAAGGAGUUUUUGGAGAAGGCGAAAGCGAUUAUGACGAGUAUUAAGGAACGAGACCAGCAGACUGGGUUCACUGGUUAA